ACCUGGCGCAUGCGCAGUCGUAGUAUGGGCGAAGGGGACGGCGAUUGAGGAGGCCGCAAAAUGGCGGCGGUGCCCUUGCGAGGGGCGUUGAGGGCUGGGUUGGCGUCCGCGCGCGUCGCGGUGGGGCGACGCUACGGGGUCAAGACGUCGAGCACCGGCGAGCUGGUGACGCACACCGGGCAGGUUUAUGAGGAAGCUGACUACAGGCAGAUUCGAUUUGUUGGGCGACAGAAAGAGGUAAAUGAGACCUUCGCCAUUGAUUUAAUUGCCGAACAGCCCGUGAGUGAGGUUGAAACCAGAGUCAUCUCCUGUGAUGGUGGUGGUGGAGCUCUGGGACAUCCUAAAGUGUAUAUAAAUUUGGACAAGGACACAAAAACGGGAACAUGUGGCUAUUGUGGGCUUCAGUUUAAGCAGAAACACCAUCACUGAAAUCGUCUUCUUGUGUUCCGCAAAGCUGUCUGCAUUUAUGUAUUAUACUAUCAAAUAUAUAUGUAUUUAAAAAGCU